CGGUCAUCAACGAGCCAAGCAGGCCGACCCGAGCACUUAUAAGGCGGCGCUUCCGCAGUCGUAACUAUGAAUUCCAUCAAGCAAGCUGCCGAGUCCGCUCGAUCAAGGACCUCGGAGGUCAUGAAUAGCGUCAAGAGGAGCGAUGCGGCCGCCAAGGCCUCCGACAUUAUUCACACUCCCUUCAUGAAGGCAGCUUUGCCUUUCAUCAAUGGAGGCAUCAGCGGGAUGGUGGCCACCUCGGUCAUCCAGCCCGUCGACAUGGUCAAGGUCCGCAUCCAGCUUGCGGGCGAAGGCACCUCUGGGGGACCCAAGCCCACGCCGUUGUCUGUCACUCGGCAGAUCAUCUCGAGCGGAAAGUUCCUCGACCUGUACACCGGCCUCUCUGCCGGUCUUCUCCGACAAGCUGUAUACACAACCGCUCGGUUGGGUUUCUUUGACACCUUCAUGGGCAAAUUGACGGAGCGGGCAAAGGCGCAGGAUCGAAAGAUUGGCUUCUCAGAACGAGCCACGGCUGGAUUGGCGGCCGGUGGCCUGGCAGCCAUGAUUGGCAAUCCGGCGGACCUUGCCCUGAUCCGAAUGCAAAGCGACGGCCUGAAGCCUCUUGCUGAGCGCAAAAAUUACAAGUCGGUUGUUGAUGCACUGACGUCCAUUGCGAAGGGCGAGGGCAUUGGAGCUCUCUGGGCGGGCGCCGCCCCAACUGUCGUCCGUGCCAUGGCCCUCAACUUUGGACAACUGGCCUUCUUCAGCGAAGCCAAGGCACAGUUGAAGCAACACACCAACUUGUCUGCUCAGUCCCAGACCCUGAGCGCCAGUGCCAUUGCCGGAUUCUUCGCCAGUUUCUUCAGUCUGCCAUUCGACUUUGUCAAGACCAGACUGCAGAAGCAGUCGAGGGGACCUGAUGGCAAGCUUCCGUACACGAGCAUGGCCGAUUGCUUUGCCAAGGUGGCCAAGCAGGAGGGCGUCUUGAGAUUCUACCGAGGCUUCGGAACGUACUAUGUCCGCAUUGCGCCUCACGCCAUGGUGACCCUUAUCGUUGCCGACUACCUCGGCUGGUUGACGAAGUAGAGAGGUGUGAGAUCCGGGCUCUGUUUGAUAUUGGCUGGCGUUGACGUUAUAGUGGUGGUUAUUUCCUGCUUUUGUAUGGUAUUUUGUUAUGUUGCUAUGCGUUGUUCCUUGAUCGGGCAGUUAUGGAGUUUCCAAAGGGUCACAGCGGGACCUUGAACUUGUUGAAGCAGUCUUUUGAAACAAGGAAUUGUACUCGAAUUGUCAAUGAAAGUUUAGACUUGAUGUUGCCAUUGUUGUUUCU